AUGUUCGUCGAGGCCGGCGCGGGCACCGGUAAGACCACCAGCAUGGUCGGCAGGGUCGUUAACCUGAUCGGCUCAGGCGUCACGACCGUGGACAGGGUAGCAGCGAUCACGUUCACGAACUCCGCAGCCUCCGAACUCCAGGAACGCAUCAGGGAGGAGCUUGAAGGGGCUGCAUCCGACGGAGAUGCCGACCCCACCUGGCGGCAGCUCUGCGGGCAAGGCGUCGAGGACAUCGACAGGGGCGACGUUCACGACCCUACACAGCUUCGCCGGAGCGAUUCUUCGCGAACGUCCGCUUGA